AUGUGUAUCAGGGCCGUGUCGGCGGUCCAGGCCAUCAUGGCGUCUUCGGCUGGCGUCAUCAUCGUCACUUCCUGUGAGGACGUGAUGAGGGACAGGCACUGGCUCUCAGAGUCCUACGUUGUCUUUGCGACGCCCUACUUUGUGUUCGACAUCUACACCAUGUUCCUCUGCUACAGACACAGGCUACAGGUCAAAGGUCACGAGGGAGGGGUCGGGGUGGGGGGCUACCUGCGCCGCGAGCUCCUUCUGGUCCUCCACCACCUCUUCAUGGUGCUGGCCUGCUGCCCUGCCUCCCUGAGUGAGCCUGACCCGUCUCUGUCUUCCCCCCAGUUCUGCAGGCAGGGGAGGGGGGACUUCUUCCAGGGUCUCCUCUUCCUCGCUGAGCUCAGCACGCCCUUCGUGUGUCUGGGGAAGGUUCUGAUCCAGUUCCAACAGCAGAAGACUCUCCUCCACAAGCUCAACGGAGCGCUGAUGAUCCUCGUCUUCUUCUGCUGUCGCGUGCUGCUCUUCCCCUACAUGUACCUCACCUACAGCAGGUACCUGCGGGUCCCGCUGCUCCGGGUGCCUCUGGAGGUGCCCUGGCCCUGCAACCUGGGGGCCGGCCUCCUGAUGGGCCUGCAGGUCCACUGGUUCCUCCUCAUCUGCAGGGGAGCCCUCCGCCUUCUGCUCCGCCCAGCGACACCCUGA